GUAGUUAUGAAGAGGUUUGGAGAAUAAUUGAUGCUCGAUGGGAUAAUCAACUUCAUAGGCCUUUGCAUGCAGCUGCCUAUUUUCUAAACCCUCAUUUCCACUAUAAACCUAACUUUAGAUCUGAUGAUGGUGGAGAGGUGAAAGAAGGAUUGUAUUUUUGCAUGAGAAGAUUGAUACCAGAUAUGGCAGAAAGAAGAAAAAUUAAUUUACAAAUUGUUGAAUUUCAUAAUGCUAGAGGCCUGUUUGGAAUGGAAGAUGCAAAAGAGUGUAGGAAAGAGUUAAAUCCUGGGGAAUGGUGGGACAUGUUUGGUGAUGGAACUCCAGAGUUGAAGAGAUUUGCUAUUCGAAUUCUAAGCUUGACUUGUAGUUCUUCUGGAUGUGAGCGUAAUUGGAGUUCAUUUGAAAUGGUUCAUACAAAGAGAAGGAAUCGUUUACAUCAAAAAAAGAUGAAUGAUUUAGUUUAUGUGAUGUAUAACUCCAAGCUGAAAAGUAGACAGAUUCGAAAAACUAUAGCUCUUCCAUUUGAUGACAUAGAAUCAGAUGAUGAAUGGAUAGCUGAAGAGACAGAUGAUGUUGUUGAGAUUGAUCAAGUUGAAGGUGAAAAUGAUAGUGAAAAUGUUCACUUAGAUGGAGCAACAACAGAUCCUGUUUUAGAUGCUCUUGAUCUUGAUAACAUAACAUUUGAGAACAAUGAGGAUGCACAAGCACAACAUUCAUUAGAGGAAGAGUUAGAUGAUGAUGAUGAUGGAGAUGAUGAUGCCAUUAUUAGAGGAUUAGAGGAUUAGGCAUAGAGACUUUGACAUUUCAAUUUAUA